AUGUGUAUACUAUUCAUACCUAUUUAUUUUGGCACUGUAAAUUGGACUGUUGAUGACAUUGUCAAAGGCAUAAAUGGCAGCAGUUUGGAAAGCCAGCUCCAGGCUACUCAAGCUGCUAGGAAACUGCUUUCUAGGGAAAAACAGCCCCCCAUAGACAACAUAAUCCGGGCUGGUUUGAUUCCAAAAUUUGUGUCCUUCUUGGGCAGAACAGACUGUAGUCCCAUUCAGUUUGAAUCUGCUUGGGCACUCACUAACAUUGCUUCUGGGACAUCAGAACAGACCAAGGCUGUGGUAGAUGGAGGCGCCAUCCCAGCAUUCAUUUCUCUGUUGGCAUCACCCCAUGCUCACAUCAGUGAACAAGCUGUAUGGGCUCUAGGAAACAUUGCAGGUGAUGGUUCAGUUUUCCGUGACUUAGUUAUCAAGUAUGGUGCAGUUGACCCGCUAUUGGCUCUUCUUGCAGUUCCUGAUAUGUCCUCUUUAGCAUGUGGUUACUUACGUAACCUUACCUGGACACUUUCAAACCUUUGUCGCAACAAAAAUCCUGCACCCCCAGUAGAUGCUGUUGAGCAGAUUCUUCCAACUUUAGUUCGUCUUCUGCAUUAUGAUGAUCCGGAAGUAUUAGCAGAUACCUGCUGGGCUAUUUCUUACCUUACUGAUGGUCCAAAUGAACGGAUUGAAAUGGUUGUGAAAACAGGAGUUGUGCCCCAACUUGUGAAGCUUCUGGGAGCAACUGAAUUUCCAAUUGUGACUCCUGCAUUAAGAGCCAUAGGAAAUAUUGUCACUGGGACAGAUGAACAAACUCAGGUUGUAAUAGAUGCAGGAGCACUUAUGGUCUUUCCCAGCCUGCUAACGAACCCCAAAACUAAUAUUCAGAAGGAAGCUACAUGGACAAUGUCAAACAUCACAGCUGGCCGCCAGGACCAAAUCCAGCAAGUUGUGAAUCAUGGACUAGUGCCUUACCUUGUCAGCAUUCUCUCUAAGGCAGACUUCAAGACACAAAAGGAAGCUGUAUGGGCUGUGACCAACUAUACAAGUGGUGGAACAGUUGAACAGAUUGUAUACCUUGUUCAUUGUGGCAUAAUAGAGCCGUUGGUGAACCUCUUAACUGCAAAAGACACCAAAAUUAUUCUGGUUAUUCUGGAUGCCAUUUCAAAUAUCUUUCAGGCUGCUGAGAAACUAGGGGAAACUGAGAAACUUAGUAUAAUGAUUGAAGAAUGUGGAGGUUUGGACAAAAUUGAAGCUCUGCAAAACCAUGAAAAUGAGUCUGUGUACAAAGCUUCAUUAAACUUGAUUGAGAAGUAUUUCUCUGUAGAGGAAGAGGAAGAUCAAAAUGUUGUACCAGAAACUACCUCUGAAGGCUACACAUUCCAAGUUCAGGAUGGUGCUCCUGGGACCUUUAACUUUUAGAUUGUACAGCUGAGGCAUAAAGGUGUUGAGUACUAUGUUUGGUAUGAGUUUGUCUUGCUGUUUCUCUACUAAGAACUCUUUUUAAAUGUGGUUUAUAAGUGUAGCACUUUUUACAACAAAACUAUACUUGAACAGUUCCAAACUGUAUAUACUGUAUGAAACUUCUCUCAAUGGGUUUCUUAUGUGGAAUUUCAUAUCUUGUGGUGUCCUGUAAAUAAAGAUUAAGUUCCACCCUUUUCUUGACUUCA